AUGAAAAAGCCUCCACUUUCAUUUGAAAUUAUUGCUGAGUGUAAAACAACUAAGGCUAGAGUAGGAAUUUUGAAAUUACCUCAUGCAGAUGUUGAUACUCCAGUAUUUAUGCCUGUUGGAACUCAAGGUACCGUUAAAGGUCUUCUUCCAGAGCAGUUAGAAACAUUAGAUUGUAAAAUCAUUUUAGGAAAUACUUAUCACUUGGGUACAAGACCAGGUGCUAAAGUUGUUAAGUCGGCAGGAGGUUUACAUAAAUUUAUGGGAUGGAAAAAUGCUAUAUUAACCGAUUCUGGUGGAUUUCAAAUGGUAUCACUUUUAAAAUUAGCAGAAAUUACAGAAGAGGGAGUAAAAUUUAAAUCUCCAUAUGAAGAGUCUGAAUGUAUGCUAACUCCUGAGCAUUCGAUAUUAAUUCAAAAUGAUUUGGGAGCUGAUAUUGCAAUGCAACUUGAUGAUGUUGUGAGUUCUAAGGUGAGUGGGCCUAGAGUUGAAGAAGCAAUGUAUAGAACUACAAGAUGGUUAGAUAGAUGUUUAAAAGUUCACACCAGACCUCAUGAUCAAAAUAUAUUUCCUAUUAUUCAAGGUGGACUUCAACCAGAAUUAAGAAUGAAAAGUGUCAGCUUACAAACUGAUAGAAAUGUAUCCGGCUUUGCGAUUGGCGGUUUAAGUGGUGGUGAAGCAAAAGAAGAUUUUUGGAAAAUGGUUAAUUUAUCGACAGAUUAUUUACCCAAAGAAAAGCCUAGGUAUUUAAUGGGAGUUGGUUUCGCUGAAGACAUGCUUAUUUGUUGUGCUCUUGGUGUUGAUAUGUUUGAUUGUGUACACCCUACUAGAACAGCUAGGUUUGGCAACGCGUUAACAUUAAAAGGAAGACUCAAUUUAAAAAAAAGCAAAUAUGAAAAUGAUUUUAAUCCGAUAGAAAAAGACUGUUCUUGCUUGACAUGUCGACGAUAUACAAGAGCUUAUUUGAAUGCAAUUGUUACUCAAGAAACUGUCGGAUGUCAUCUUAUAAGUAUUCACAAUAUAGCCUUUCAGAUAAGAUUUAUGAAAAAAAUAAGAGAAUGCAUUAUAAACAAUACUUUCCCUAAAUUUAUUUGUUCUUUCCUAGCUCUUAAUUACCCGGAUAAAAAUAUUCCACAAUGGAUUAAAGAUGCUUUAUUAUCAGUAAACAUUGAUGUAGAUACUGAAAUCACUAAAGAUAUUUCCAUUUGUCAAAUAUAA